GAACGCAGAUGACGAAGCAGAGAUACGCAUGUGCAUGUUCGCAGUCAUGGUCCCUUAUCGUAGGCGAGCCUGAAACGUUUCUCGUGACGGCGGGGUUAGAACUGGGAUACCACGAGGGCGUGUAUCGUGGCGGAACGGAUGUCCUUCUGCCGGCGGCGCAUACCGCUGCGGGUCUCUGAGGGGCGUGAUCACGUUCCUGACGCGUUUCCAACCGAAAGGUGCUCGCGAACGACGGCGAAGGAUAUUUUGGGUUGCGAUCUCGACCGCGAUUGUGACUUGCACGACCUUUGUGUUGAUCCGCUCCGCAUCGAAUGGCCCAUAGGAUGCCAGGAUACUUAUUAUGGUCGGGCUCGAUUCCCGACCGUUGAGCUUCCAAGGGCGUGGCCUUUGCCAUCGAUUUCUAUCAUCUCAUCUACAUUCUUCAUCACCACCCACUCGCUCGACCCCUCAACCCUCCUAUUCAACACAUCACGAUGGGUGCCAACGUUUCCGUCUCUCGCCUCAGCACGAUCGGACCUGGGCAAGCGUUCAACACUCAGAUCCCCCACGGCAACUACAGUUCAAAGCCCUCGCCUACCGCGCAUACCCACUUCAAAGCAGAUUCCACAUCACCGACAUCACCGAUCACGGAUGUCAUCGAUACUGUCGACGCCCAAGCUUGACCAGUCGGCCAAUGGAUUUGCUCGUUGCACCCCUUGCCCUGCCUCACCGCAAGCGGACUGCGAUGGCUUCCAGUACCUGGACGCUCGGGCUUUUGCGGGGGAAGAAUCGACUGCAGGCUCCGCGACGGACUGGAACCUGCAGUCAUCUCUCCCUCGUGCAUCGAGCCAUCCACCUCGUACGCCUCCUCGACGUAGGAUGAGUUGGGCUUUUCGUCGGAAUCACGGCGAUCCAUUCUUCGGUGCAAAGGAGGCCAAGGCAUCGCCUGUCGGGGCUCUUGGCGACGUGAGGACACCGCCGGCAACCAGUGGAGAUAUGGUACAGCCGGAUUUGCCAACUAUCACUGGGUCUGCUCCGGGUACGGAGCUCUCCGAACAACACCAAUCUCCUCUCGCCAAACGCAUAAUCAAACGCAUCCCACGCAUCCUAUUCCCCUCGUCACACCAGCGACCUCGUUCGACAUCGAACGCACGGCAUAUGACGGAACUGCGCAACUACGAUGUGAGCGAGAGGGCAAAACGUCGUGCAACUGGAUCACCCUUGCCGAACAGAGGGAGAGGGAUCGAUGGUAGCAGCACGAAUGAUGAGGGCAGGAUGACAUGGACAAUUACAUAUUUACGGCUACGCUUUAUUGUAUACUGGACAUAGAUGAUGUUUCUGUUUAUUGAUCGAGGAUCGCGAAUCACUAUCCACAUCUGCGGACUAUACAUGCGAGCACAAUGUAUGCCGAAGGCAAGGCU